AUGGCUCCAUGGGGUACCAUAUACUUUCUGUUCCUCUCUGUGUUACUGGCAGAGUUAAGCUUCUGCAUUGCAUCACAGGCUUAUAUCAUUUAUAUGGGAAGCAGAAGCAUUGAUGACCCAGACGAGGUAUUGAGACAGAAUCACCAAAUGCUCGCUGCUGUUCAUGGAGGAAGCAUCGAGAAAGCACAGGCAUCCCACAUAUACAGUUACAGCAACGGUUUCAGAGGAUUGGCAGCGAAGUUAACUGAAGAGCAAGCUUCAAAAAUGGCUGAAAUGCCUGGUGUGGUUUCAGUGUUCCCGAACAAGAAGAGAAUCCUUCAUACUACACAUUCAUGGGAUUUCAUGGGUCUUGCAGCUGACGAGGCAAUGGAAAUUCCAGGCUUCUCUACGAAGAACCAAGAGAAUGUCAUCAUCGGUUUCAUCGACACAGGAAUAUGGCCACAAUCACCCAGUUUCAACGAUGUUGGGAUGCCUCCGGUGCCUUCAAGAUGGAAAGGAGACUGCCAAGGUGGAGAGCCACCUUCAAAUUUCACCUGCAACAAGAAAAUUAUUGGAGCAAGGUAUUAUCUCCGGGGUUAUGAAGCAGAAGAAGAGAGCAAGGGGCUCACCUCAGAUUCAGAUAUAACUGUUAACUUUAAAUCUCCUAGAGACAGCUCUGGCCAUGGUAGCCACACGGCCUCCACAGCUGCGGGGCGAUAUGUGAUGAACAUGAAUUAUAAUGGUUUGGCUGCUGGAGGAGCGAGGGGAGGGGUGCCGAUGGCUAGGAUUGCAGUCUACAAGACCUGUUGGGACUCAGGUUGUUUCGAUGCUGAUUUACUAGCUGCCUUUGAUGAUGCAAUCAAAGAUGGGGUAGACAUUCUGUCUGUAUCUCUUGGCCCCGAGUCUCCUCAGGGAGAUUAUUUCAGUGAUGCAAUCUCCAUAGGUUCAUUUCAUGCACAUAGCCAUGGCAUCCUGGUUGUUUCUUCUGUUGGUAAUGAAGGAACUCGAGGCUCUGCGACUAACCUCGCACCAUGGAUGCUCACCGUAGCUGCCAGUUCGACUGAUAGAGAUUUUGCUACUCAUGUCUUACUUGGAGAUGGGACUUCUUUAGUGGGUGAAAGUCUUGAUACCUUUCAGAUGAACAGAUCAGCCAGGACCAUUUCGGCUUCAGAAGCCAAUGCUGGGUACUUCACUCCAUACCAGUCAAGUUUCUGUUUGGAUAGCUCCUUGAAUAGAACAAAGGCAAGUGGGAAGAUUCUUAUUUGCCGCCAUAUAGAUAGUUCUUCUGAAUCAAGGGUGGCAAAGAGUUUGGUGGUGAAGAACGCCGGGGGAGUUGGUAUGAUUCUGAUAAAUGAAUUGGAAGAUAACGUUGCCAUUCCCUUUGCCAUCCCUGCAGCUUCUGUUGGAAGAGUAGCUGGCGACAAAAUUCUGUCUUACGUUAACCACACGAGGAGACCAAGAUCUCUAAUUUUGCCAACGAAGACCGUUUUCGGAUCUCGACCAGCACCUCGAGUGGCAGCUUUUUCUUCCAGAGGUCCCAAUUCUUUGACACCAGAGAUUUUGAAGCCUGACAUCAUGGCUCCUGGACUGAACAUCUUAGCAGCUUGGUCUCCUGCGAAACAGAACAUAAACUUCAAUAUCCUCUCUGGAACUUCCAUGUCUUGUCCCCAUGUAACAGGUUUGGUGGCUUUGAUCAAAGCUGUGCAUCCAUCAUGGUCUCCUUCAGCGAUCAAGUCGGCAAUAAUGACAACAGCAACUAUAUUGGAUAAGAACGGCAAUGUCAUAACAGCAGACCCUGAAGGACAUGCUGGAACUCCAUUUGAUUAUGGCUCUGGCUUCCCAGAUCCUAAGAGAGCUCUGGACCCUGGCCUAAUCUACAAUGCAGAACCAGAAGAUUACAAAGCUUUCCUUUGUUCGAUAGGCUAUGAUGACAAGUCCCUACAACUAGUGACUGGAGAUAACAGUGUGUGCACCAAGCCUGCCCCAGCUGCUUCUAACCUGAACUAUCCAUCAAUUACAAUACCAGAUCUCAAGGGAAGCUACUCGGUCACCCGAACUGUGACAAAUGUGGGAGAACCCAGAAGCAUAUAUCAUGCUAUACUCUCUCAUCCUGCUGGCAUCAAUGUUACAGUGGUUCCCAAGGUUCUUGUAUUUGAAAGAUAUGGUCAGAAGAUGAAUUUCACAGUGAAGUUCAGGGUGGCUGCACCUUCAAAGGGCUAUGUGUUUGGAUCCUUGUCUUGGAAAGCAGAAAAAAUUCAGGUAACCAGCCCUUUGGUGGUCAGAGUUCAAUCCUCUGAUACAGGCUUGUCCUGAUGAAUUGGACAUACUCUAGAACAAAGUUCGUAAGGUCUUGGAACCUUAACUAGGUACAUGGAAUAGAAGAUAUACAAGUGGAGUAGUAGUAAUUCAUAAAUUAAAGUGGUCCGUGACAUAUGUUGAUUCAACAAAAGGGGGAUCCAAAAUUUUAAAGGCUUCACAUUCACUUUAUUCAAGUUAAAAAAAAAAAAAGGCAUACAGCUGUAUCGGCAUCAAAAGUUCUAUAAUAUUCUUUUGAUCCACCAACCUCAUUCAUGUUCUUGUCUGCAUGAUUAAAGAAAGCUGAGAUCUGCACCUAAGCUCGGAAUGUAUUGCUUAUAACUGAAUACUUGAUGCUAAGCAGCUUUACUCGUGAUCCCUUGAUAUUAUCUUGUUACCUUGUUUUUCAUGGAAGCAUGUUGUAUUGCUAUUCAGUGAACAAAAUUGGAAAUAACCUCAAAUUCUAUUGUUUAUUUUUUUUCAUUUUC